AUGGGGCUGCGCGGGGAUCGAUACGAAAGGCAGCAGCGAAAUCGGGAGCAGCGCGGGGUGACUUCGGGGAUUGGCAUUUUUGAGGAGGGGGUCCCCAAACCCUUCCCCAAAGGGGGGAUCCGGCGCCCCCGGCCCGCCCAGUCGGCCGAGAACGAACGGGAAUUUAUUGGCCAUUACCUGGCCCGGAAAGCGGCGCGGGGAGGAGUGCGGCGCGCAGAUAAGGAGGGUCCUCACUUGGUAUUUUUGGGGCAAAAACCCCCAAAUUUCAGCACUGGUUGUUCACAGAACCCUAAACUCCGAGGUUUCCCCACCUGGAGCAGGAAACCUUGGCACAAACAUUCGAUUUUCACCCCAGAACUUCCCUGCCCUGACAAUAAAUCGCUCUGUGUCUGUCCUGUGCUCUGCAGCUGCGGAAGGAGCGAUUGUCCCGUGCCUGACGUGUGCCAUGGGAGCGGCAGAAAGGAUGAAAAAUGCCCAGGAAAAUGCAAAUCCCCGCCUACCUGCACGGCUGAUUUUCAGGUUUCCUCGAAGGAAAAACCCAAAAACCACCCACGCACCCAACGCCCCGGGAGAGCAGCGCGGAACGCGAGCAGAAACUCCGCCAAAAGCCCCCGCGCCCGCCCCGAGACGCGAAACCGGCAGCGGCUUGUGACAGGGGGGAGGGAAAAUAAACCCAAAACAAACCCAAAAGGCGCAGAACCGAACGCGACAAGUGCCCACAAAGGGCUCCGAGCGCUGCCCAGGCUGCUGCCUCCAGGUGACCUCCCCCGGCUCCUGCUCAUCCUCCCAGCCCCUCUUCGCCUUUUCCUUCCCAUUUUCUAUUUCUUUUCUUCGUUUUUCCUCCCUUUUUUCUUUCCUCGUUCUAUUUUUCCUUUUUUUCUUUCAUUGUUUCUUCCUUCCCUCCCCUCGCUUUCUUCCUUUCCGUUUUUUUUUUCACCACCUUUAUUUCUCUCGCCCUCCUCUCCAUUAUUUUUCCCCCUUUUUCCCCCACCUUUAUUUCUCUCUUUUCCUCACCUCCAAUCCCGCUUUUUCCCGGCUGAAAUCGCGGCUGGAGCAGAUUUCCAAAGCCUUUCAUUCCUCUCCCUUCUUCACCACCCCACCCUUUUUCCCAUCCCCGCCUCCACCACCUCCUCCCCAGGCAGGAGAUGGGCACGAAACAGGAAAAGAGAAAAAGCAGCAGCUCGACAAAUCCAUCUUUUCAUUGAAAUAAUUAAAAAUGUCUAUAUUUACAUCUAUAACAAUAAAGGAAGAAAAGGCAUUGUGCCCUUACCUUUUGCCGUCCUGUUGUGUGGCACGGGAGGGAAUUUUGGGCGGGCAGAGAUAAGCCCGCGCUUAUCUGGCGGCCGCCAAACCUCGUCCCAACCUGAGCGCCGUCCGUCGUCCCUCGGGCUCCUCGGGGCCGCUCGCAUUUUUGUGCGGAAAAAGGAGCGGAACGAAGCGCCCGCGGUGCCGCAGAAUCCCCUCCGCCCUUCCGAGACCCCAAAAGCAGCGGGGGAAACUCGGGGCGGGAAUUCGGGGGGAAAAGCGGGCGAGCGGAUCCUUUAUUAA